UCCUAAACAUUGCUUUAGAAAGCAAUCAUGUUUCGACCACAUCGCAUCCUAAACCUCACCCACGUGACGCUGAUUCUAGCAGUGCAAGUCCUAAAGGUGCAUACCGAGGUGCUGCAACGUUCGUCACGCGCCGUCGUACACUUUCCCAUGGGAACGUCCAACGGGUUCCUGAUAGCAAUUGCCAUCCCGUUGGAGAUCCCCGGUCGAAACAUCUAUCUGUCGCACAAUUUCGAAAUGAACUACGGGUUACCCACGAAUGCAACGCAGUUCCGGUUGUGGUACGACUUGUUCAAAAACACCAAGUACAAUGUGGCCGAAGCGGUUCGACGAAGGCGGAGUAUUGAAAUGGGAAGCAGAUUCAGUCGACGGUUCGUGUACGAGCUGCUGGCGGAACGGAUGGGUUUAUAUGGUUACAACGGGACGGCCUGCAUCCAUAAAGCAAUUUGUGAAACAUUCGAGGCGCCUUUCUAUCACUACAAUGGAGUUCUAGGGGACGUUGCACAUGUGGUGUUCAGGUAA